AUUUCAUGCGGACUUUAAGCUUUAACUUUAACAACUCCUGCAAUGUCUUCAGUUAACGUUAUAUAUUUUGAAUGAUCGAAGCAAGAACAUGCAUUAUUAAUGUUUCUACCACUGUAACACUUUCUUUUGCAUGUUACUGCAUGCAAACCGAUAAGUGUCAAAACAAACAAACGAAAAAUCCAAAUGUUACGGCUCGGGUAAUCUGUCAAUACAAUAAGUUAUACAACACCGCGAGACACGAUACAGACAGAUAUAUAUUUAACAAAAACAAAAAAAAAACCCAGUUGAUUAUUAGGACUGAGAAAUUACAACCUGCUUUACGUUGUCAGUUAUCACCAUGUCAUGCCAUUAAAGUUAAUAACACUUCUGUAUUCAUUUCUUGUUUAUAUGGUAUAUUCUAUACCGUUAAGCAUGAAAAGUAAAAUGACGAGACAAGCAGUAGUGAUUUUAGAACGCGUUGCAGAGGCUGCGCAAAUUUUGUGACAUAUUGACGCUCUUGAACACGCCGUCUCUCUUGAACUGAGGCGUAAGUACAGUCAGCUUUUUAGUGCAAAAUCGUCCACUGAUCAAAAGUAGUGGAGGAAAUCAGGAAACCCUGUUUGCCUAUGCAAAAUGAGGUUUAAUAUUUGUGCAGCCAAACCUGAAGACUGUAAAGAUAUAGCGCGCAUGAUUAUGGAAUUGGCCGUUUAUGAAAAGAUGCCUGACCAAGUGAAGAUAUCCUAUAAAGAGUUGGAGAGGGAUGGAUUUGGCCCCAAUCCUUUUUACCAGUGUCUUGUAGCGGAGGUACCCGAGGAGCACAAGUCUAAAGAUGGACAUAUCAAGGUUGGCUAUGCUCUCUUCUUCUAUACAUACAGCACUUGGAAAGGGAGGACUGUGUAUAUGGAAGAUCUGUAUGUGAUGCCAGAGUACAGAGGUAAAGGCAUGGGAAAGGCUUUAAUGGCAACUGUUGCCAAAGUGGCUAAAGAGCAGCAUUGUGUGCGUUUACAGUUCUCUGUAUUAGACUGGAACAAGCCCUCCCUAGACUUUUAUUUGUCUAAAGGUGCAGAGGACCUCACAGCUAAAGAGGGAUGGCAUUUUCUCCGCUUUCAUGGAAUAGCUCUGGAUAAUCUAGCACAGGAAGCACCUUAAAGAACAUGACAUAAUGACAUAAGUAAUACUUCGUGAAUAGUUUCACUUUGUUUUAAUUCCAUAUCUUCAAUCUUAGAAAAGGUUUAAAAAUAUUGAAACAAGAACAAUAAAAGUGUCAAUAAUGAUAUUCUAA